AUGGGGGGCGACGGCCAAGUGGGGAUCCUGCAAGAGAACGCGGCACAGGACGUGGCAGCGGAGCCAGGCGCGGAAGAAGAUGAGGAGCACCCGGGGCUGCAGGUUGAGGAGGCCGAUGAAGGAAGUGACGGCGACGACCAGGCGGCAGGAACGGGUGAGGCUGGACCCGCGCAGGCAGACGAGAGCGCUGGCGCGAGCCAGGCGGCAGCCGAAGAAUCAAGGGCCGCGCCGUGGGAAGCGCGCGACCGAGACGUCAGCCGUGGGGAAAAGCAGCGCGCGGAGGGCUCACUACGCCAGGAGCGAGCGACGCCAGACAACAGCGUUCGAGCUGCUCUGGCGCAGAGGCCGCAGCAUGAUGGCAAGGGGAAGGCAGAGCGGUCGCGCACGCCGGAGAAGGAUCCGCACCAUGGAGAGUGGCGCGUAGGCGACUUCCGCCCGUAUGGCAGACGACAGGAGCAGGACGGCUGGAGCGGUGGCGGCGUGCGAAGGAAGGCACGGGGAGGGACGGAGGUCACAGGAGCACCGCGGUCAGCAGCACGGGGAACGCAGUGGCAUGGGGCGCUCACCGGGUCGGCCAAGGCGGAGAGAAGAGAGGGAGGGUAG